AUGACUGAUCAGAGCUACAUUGGAUCGAGUGAUGUGUUUCAUGCCCGUCUUGGGGACACCUUUGAACUCCUUCGACGAGCGAGAAUCGCAACGAGAGGAACGAUUUUCAUCAGAGAUAGCCAACUCUUCGACUUGGCAGAUGACUUUGCCGUUAGCUUUAAGACGGUGCUUGGGCUUGGGCUGGAUUGGGAUGAAAAUAAAUGCGUCGAACAGCAAAUACAUGAGAGAAAGAGACUCAAAGGAGACAAACGUGCGCCUUCCUCGGACGACAACAACAACAACAACAACAACAACAACAACAACAACAACAACAACAACAACAACAACAACAACAACAACAACAACAACAACAACAACAACAACAACAACAACAACAACAACAACAACAACAACAACAACAACAACAACAACAACAACAACAACAACAACAACAACAACAACAACAACAACAACAACAACAACAACAACAACAACAACAACAACAACAACAACAACAACAACAACAACAACAACAACAACAACAACAACAACAAC